AUAUACCCGGAGGAGAUGCAACCCCCUAUCAACGAGGAGCUCGUAAAGGACUGUCUCAGGCGCAUACGGCUCAAUAUGUCCUGGUCACGCAAGUUCCACUACAGCGUACUAGGGAAAAUGGAGCACCUAGAAGGACUUCUCAAAGGAUUGUACGUGAAACUCAACAGCCUGGAACGACUAUCAGACUUGUGUCUGGAGAAGGAACACCCGGACAUUUUCUCGGAAAUCAAACGCCUGCCAGGCCGUAAAGUGAUUCUCAAAGUUGGCGAAGGUCGGAUGGAUUCGGUGCAGGGUAAAAUUCUCGACGCACUUGCUGGGCGAAAAGAUGCCGAGCUAUUGCAUCGAGCUUCUGGUGAGGGAAAUAAGGUUCAUAUCGGCCUGUCGGUUCCACAAAUCCAUAAGCGGGACUUUGCCUUCUUGCUGAGCCUCUCCGGGAGUACACACGAAGUUCUCGUCCAUCCUGUCAAGAUCAAAGCUAUAAAUAACCCUAAGCGCAUACAAACUGACUUUUCGACGGCCAUUCCGCCUCUAAUCAAAAAGGAGCACACUGAGUGCUACAUGCUGCCAUCAGCAUCUACCUCCGCUGGAUUUGAAGUCAGAAUCCCACCAGCGAAUCUUCUAUCCGAUCUCGAAUACAAAGAUUCCUUGUCGACCAUUAUACGCGAGCAAAACGCAUUCCUCGGGUCGCAGAUUCUCUAUCCUUUAGACCAGAGCGCAAUAGCAAGCGGAAUCGCCCAAGGCUGCUUUCGCUUGAUUGGAAGCCAGUGGCUACAAUUCCUCGAUUGUAGUAACAUCCGCUGGAGAAGGACGAAGGAAGGGAAAUGGACCAGUAUGUUGACCGUAACGCCCGGUAACGCAUCCGUCACCCGAACAUUGGAACAAUGUCGCAAGACGAAUCAGCAAAGACGAGAUAAACGUGACCUGCUUAAACAUAUACAAAUCUUCCGCAUCGGUCUCGUCAUGGCCGAACUCGCGCUCAAGUCGCCCAUCUCAUACAUCGACUAUGAUGAGGUCACUAAUACGAUGAAGCUCUUUUUCAACAACGGCAUGGAAGUCGACGCAAAUCGUAUCGCAGCGGAGGUACAAAGUAGGAGUAACGAGUUCUUGGGCAAUAUGGUGUUCUUCUGCCUCAACGCCUUGCAGGAUCAAGAUGCCAUGUCCGACAAGAGCAUAGAAGGGUCGUAUUUCAAUGAGGUUUUGAAGAAUGCGGAGCAGCUUGAUGCGCAAGUUAAGGCAGAUAGAAGUGGGGCGAGUAUGCCGAGGUCGAGCGGGGGCGGUAGCUCGAGAGAUGUGUUCUACUGAAUGAAAUACUUCAAAAAGGGGUAGUCGAAACUCCAGCUAGACAUCGAAACGUUGAUUGUAGAUGAUCGUUAUGUAGCUAGCAGGAUGUUUGCAGGAAAGUAAUGGGUGAGGUGGCGCGCUGAUGCUAUACUCGAGGACUUAUUUUCAUGAACAAUAUAUGCGGACUUUUAUAGAAUUGUAAUGAGCAC